AUGAAUCUCGCAGUUAGUCGUGGUUUAAUUGGCAGCUCUUGGGCGACAAUUUUUGCUACUUCUGGCUACGCUGUUUGUUUGUAUGACAUUAGUGCUGAAGCCGUUGAAACAGCAAAGAAGCGAAUUCUCAACAAUUUAAAGCUUCUGGAGGUAGAACUUUGUAAAACAGAGUAUAGCAGGCUAAAUUUUUUCAAGAAUUUGAAGAAUUUUAAAAAAAACAUCAUAUGUUACCAGGAAAAUAGUUUAUUACGAAGUCCUGGGACUGCAGCGCAACAUUUCCAGAAUAUCUCCUCAUCUGCAGAUCUCAAAGAGUGCCUCCAAGGAGCUUUCUACUGCCAGUAUUGGUUUAAUUGCUGUUUUUUACGGGAAUCUGCUGGAGAAACUCUUGCAUUAAAAAAGGAUAUAUUUGCAAAAAUGGACGUUGUGGUUGAACCGAACACAAUUGUUGGAAGCAGCACAUCAGCAAUUCCUUCAUCAUCGUCUCGUUAUCUUGUUGUGCAUCCUGUAAAUCCUCCAUUGUUUGUAAACUUAGUAGAAAUCGUGCCCAAUCAGUGGACAUCAGCAGAAGUCACCGCAGUUACCAAGAAUUUAAUGAAAACCAUUGGACAGGAACCUGUAGAAGUCAAGAUGGAGCCACUGGGUUUUGCCUUGAAUAGGAUUCAGUAUGCUGUAAUUCAGGAGGCAUGGAGGCUAGUUAAAGCUGGUGUGGUGACGCCUGACGAUCUCGACAAGGUUAUGAAGGAGGGCCUGGGCCCUCGUUAUGCAUUUUUCGGCAUUCGUGAUUAUAUGGAUCGUUUCAUGAGCGGUAUAAAAGAAGUUACGGAUAAUUUUGGGCCAAGUCCAUCGUUUGAUGAUAACUCUGUUCAGGAGGUGCUAACCACUUCAUUAAAUGCACAAAUGCCACUUAAAGAUCUUGACGGAUAUAUAAAGAAACGUGAGAAAUAUUUGGUAGAACUGACAAAGUUGAAAAAAGGCAUUGAAAGCGCUAAGUAA